AUGGAGAAGAAGCUAUCCAGAGUUGCGAAUACCUUCGCUCCAUCCCCAAUUCAAGAGCUUUCCCACUUAGCUCAGCGAUGCAACGCAAUCAACCUCGCCGAAGGCUUCCCGGACUUCCCCGCCGCUCCGGCCAUCAAGUCCGCCGCCGUUUCCGCCAUCAAUUCUGACUUCAACCAGUACAGGCACGUGCAAGGAAUUUGUGAGCUAUUAGCUAGAAAUGCGGAAGAAAUGUAUGGAUUGGAGGUCGACCCUGAUACCGAUAUAGCCAUUUGCUGCGGCCAAACUGAGGCUUUUGCAGCAGCAAUGUUUGCCAUAAUAGACCCUGGAGAUGAGGUUGUGCUGUUUGAUCCUUGUUACGAAACCUAUGAGGGUUGCAUUCGGUUGGCAGGGGGGAUUCCUGUAUAUGUUGCGCUUGAGCCACCUCAUUGGACUUUGGAUGCUGAGAAAUUCAUGAGUUCAUUCACUGGCAGAACAAAAGCGGUGAUCUUGAACAGUCCUCAGAAUCCGACUGGGAAAGUUUUCACCUGGAAUGAGCUUGAGAUUAUAGCUGAAGCUUGCCGCAGCAGAGAUUGCCUUGCUGUGACAGAUGAAGUAUAUGAGCAUAUCACAUAUGAUAACGUAAAACAUGUUACUCUCUCCUUGCUGCCAGGAAUGCAGCAACGGACCAUCAUCACAUCUUCAAUAUCAAAGACUUUUGGCGUCACAGGAUGGAGAAUCGGCUGGGCAAUCGCUAAUCCGAUCUUGGCCUCUGCUAUAAGAAACAUUCAUGUCAAACUUACAGAUUCAGCUCCAGCACCUUUCCAGGAAGCUGCAUUAACUGCUCUGAGUAGUGGCCCAGAUUACUUUGAAUCACUCAGGAGAGACUAUGAAUCAAAAAGAGAUUACAGCAUCCAGUUGCUGACCGGGAUAGGUUUUCAGAUUCGUUUUAAACCUCAGGGAUCAUUCUUCCUAUUUGCAGAACUUCCAGAAUCGUCCCCUCUUUCAGAUGUGGAAUAUGUUAAGCAUCUAAUAGAACAAGCUGGUGUGGUGGCUGUCCCGGGUCGCGGGUUCUUCCACUUCAAUUCGGUAUCUUCAGAGGAAUCACUAUCUGCUUGCCAUGAUUAUCAGAAGAGAUACAUUAGGUUCGCUUUCUGCAAAAGCAGCGCCACAUUGGAAGCAGCAGCGCAAGGACUUAGUGAGCUCGUGGACAAGAAAGGCUGUUUGAAUCUGCCUCCUCCUUGUAAUACUGACACAUAG